GCCGCGCGCGGGUGGGAGCGGAAAAACAGACGCGCGCUACUCUUUUUUUUUUUUUUUUNCUUUGGAGUGGCUGCGUGUGCAGUUUUUGGGGGGACCUUGCAAAUUCACGCUCCAACCUUCCCCCCCAAAACACGCUCUAAUUGGGGGGGGGGGGGGGGGGGGCGUGGGGGUCGCCGCUCCGGCCAGACGUAAGCGCGUCACAGGCGCAAACCGCGUGCGUCAAGAGCGGCGCACGGGCUCUGAGCAAGUUUGACCGCAACACUGAAAGCCUCAUCCCACCUCCUGUGACUGCAGGUCAACACGUGCACGUUGGAGUGUAUGUUUAAUUUCAUUUGCAUUUUUAUUUAAUUAUUUAUCUAUUUAUUCAUCAUGUUCCCUUUGCGCCCACGGCUGUCUGUCCCCGCAGAGGUCAGUAUGUCAUCGUCCGUGCGCGCGCACGUGCGUGGCGCGCGGACAGCUGAGUGACCCGCCGCGUCUCCUCACAGUCGAACUUGGGCUUGCUUUGGACUCUCAAAGUUUUUUUAAAUAUUAUUAAUCAUAUUCGACGAGGGUUGGAUUUUGCUAAAGGGAAAUCCUCAGCAACAGGAGGGACUGUGAACGCGGCAUGGACCCUUCGACCGUCCCGGGACACGGCCCGGAGGGCUUGGAGUUGACGGUGGAGAACGUGGAGUCGGCUCUCUACCAGCUGUACUUCGAUCCGGACAUGGAGCUUAAAAACGCGGCUCAGAAGUGGCUGACCCAGGCCCAGGCGUCCGCUCGGGCGUGGCAGUUCUGCUGGGCCCUGCUGGGCCCCGAAAAGAUCCCAGAGGUGCAGUUUUUUGGGGCCAGCACCCUCCACAUCAAGAUCUCCCGUCACUGGAGUGACCUCCCCGCGGACCAGCACGAGAGCCUCCGGACGCAGCUCCUCUCUCACAUCCUGCGUUUCUCUUCCGGGCCCAAAAUGGUGCUGACCCGCCUCUGCGUGGCCCUGGCGUCCAUGGCUCUCAACUUGAUCCCCCAGGCCUGGUCCAAGCCCGUGGCGGACAUGGUGACGGCGUUCCAGCCUCAGAAGUCCGACUCCGAAGACGGCUCAGGCGCCGAGUCCUCCAGGGACCCCCAGGCCCACUGCCUGGCCCUGCUGGAGCUCCUGACCGUGCUGCCCGAGGAGUUCCAGAGCUGCCGGCUGGCCCGGGCCCGCCGCGGCCAGCUGAGGGCGGCCCUGGCCGGGGAGUGGGCCGUGGUGUGCCCCCUGCUGCGGCAGCUCCUGCAGAGCCAGGACUCGUCCGGCCGGGUGAAGGAGAAGGUGCUCCGCUGCCUGUCCGGCUGGCUGGGGGUGGACGUGCCGCUGGGGGAGAGCCGGGAGCUGGUCCGGGACUGCUUCGCCGCGCUGGGCGACCCGGCGCUGUUCGACACGGCGGUGGAGACCAUCGUCGGCGCCAUCUCGCAGCCCGACUGCCAGAGGUACGUGGGCGCUCUGCUGGAACUGGUGCCUCUGGUGCUGGGUCUGUACGACCGGCUGAAGACGGCCGCCCAGGAGGGGGACAUGGAGACCUCCCACGGCAUCUGUCGCAUCGCGGUUUCUUUGGGGGAAACGCACUCCAGAGUUUUGCUGGAGCAGCUGGACCACUGGCAGGAAUACCUGGCUCUGGUGAACAUGAUUCUGUUCUGCACGGGCAUGCCCGGCCACUACCCGGUGGGCGAGACCACCAGCUCCCUCACGCUCACCUUCUGGUACACCCUGCAGGACGACAUCUUGUCCUUCGAGGAGGAGAAGCAGGCCGUCUACCUGCAGGUCUACAGGCCCAUCUACUUCCAGCUGGUGGACGUGCUGCUGCAUAAAUCCCACUACCCCUCUCAAGAGGAGUACGCCUCCUGGUCCUCUGAUGACAAAGAGCAGUUUAGAAUUUACAGGGUGGACAUCUCGGACACUCUCAUGUACGUGUACGAGAUGUUGGGAGCCGAGUUGCUCAGCAGCCUCUACGACAGGCUGGGCAGACAGCUGAUGGACCCGCAGCAGUCAGCGGUAUGGCAGGACACUGAGGCUUUGCUGUUCGGCUUUCAGUCCAUAGCUGAGACCAUAGAUGUGAAUUACUCUGAUGUUAUUCCUGGUCUCAUUGGCCUGAUCCCACGAAUCAACAUCAGCAACAUAAUGCUGGCUGACACAGUCAUGUACACCAUAGGUUCUCUAGCCGAGUGGCUGGCUGACCACCCGGUGAUGCUGGCUGGAAUAUUACCCAUGGUGCUCCAGGGCCUGGUGAAGCCGGAGCUCUCCGUGUCCAGCGUGUCCACUCUGAAGAGGAUCUGCAGGGAGUGCCGGCAGGACCUCCGGCCCUACGCCGAGGACAUCCUCACCGUCUCCCAGGAUGUGCUUAUAAAAGAAAUUCACAAGAGCAGCCAGUGCAUGUGGCUGAUGCAGGCCAUGGGCUUCCUGCUGUCCGCCCUGCCAGUGGAGGACAUUUUGGGCCACCUGCACUCCCUCAUCAGCCCCCACGUCCAGCAGCUGGAUACGCUGGCCCAGCAGGAGCCUGUUUCCACGAAUAAACAGAGCAUCGUCCAAAUCCUGGGGAUGCUCUCCAGUCUUUUUACCACUCUGGACAUCAACAGACAUGCGGACGCCUACGAGGAAGCAGCCAGUCCCGGACUCACACCCUUGCAGGGUGCACAAAACCCUGUUGUGGUUGUUUUGCAGCAGGUGUUCGCUUUGAUCCAGACCAUCCUCAGCAAAUGGCUCCACGACUCAGAGGUGGUCGAGGCGGUGUGCGGGGUGUUCGAUAAAUCGGUCCGCACCCUCCUCCACGAUUUCGGGCCCGUGGUGGCCAAGCUGAGCCAGAUGCUGGGGCAGAUCUACCACGCCUUCCCUCAGGCCUCCGCCCUGGACCUCGCGCGUCAGAUGGUUCACAUAUUUGCUGCGGAGGACCAACACACCUCGGACAUCAGAGCCCUCACCGAAGCCGUGACGGCCACCACGCUCGCCGUGUUCCAGCAAGGUCCGAGGGAUCACCCCGACAUCGCGGAGGCUUUUAUGCACCUCCACGCUCAGAUUCUGAAAAGGAAGCCUGACCUCUAUCUGUCCGACCAGUUGGAUGUUAAAGCGUUGUUUUAUUGUGGGAUUCUGUCCAUCAAGUUCCCAGAGACAUCUACAGUAAAAGCAGCCUGCCUGUUUUUCACAGAGUUCUCCAGCCGCAGUAAAGAUGUACCCCUGCUCAGUGACGUGCUCCAAAAGGACGGAAAGCUGCUGUCCGAGACCCUGCUCCAGGCGAUCGGAGGUGGCUCUCCCGGUAGCCUGACGGAGCAUUUUUCUGACGUCCUGCUUAAUCUGAACCGGCACUAUCCCGCCAUGCUUUCUCAGUGGCUGAAAGAGGCGCUGCAGACUCCGGGGUUCCCUUCGGUCCACGUCACCGCCGAGCAGAAACACACCUUCAGCCAGCAGCUCCUAAGGGAGCAAACCAACAAGCGUCGGGCGAGGGAGACGGUGAAGGAGUUCUCCCUGCUCUGCAGGGGCCUGCAGGGCUCCGGGUACUCAGAGUUCUAG